AUGAUUGAUUGGAAGAAUAUACAAAUAAAAGUUGUUGAACAGUUAAAAGAACUAGUACAGGCAAAGUAUGGACUUUUUGAGAACGGUAAUGUUUUAGAAAUUCGAACAAAAAGAAAUUUAAAAAGAUUUUGUUAUGCGUACCUAUUUAUUAUUUGUUGUUUUACUGUUGUUGAAUGUUUGUUCAUUCCAUUUAUGACAUUACCAAUUUUAAUUGCAUUUAUUCCUUAUAUCUUCAUUAAGACUCUCUGUAAGUGGAACGUUUCAUUACCUGAGAAAAUUUUUGGAUAUCCAUUAGAUUUUGUUUGUGUGAUUGUUGGGUUAAUGGCUUCAAAUCUGUUCUGUUUUAUUUCAGGUACUCGAUAUGUUGUAUAUAAUUUUAUCACAUUUACAGUUUCAAGCGUUUCUGUACAAGCACAUAUAAUAUUGUGUGUAUCUGAUUUAGAGUUGGAAAUUAAAGAAGAGAAACAACCAAAACAGAAUGAAGAAGAGUAUAAAUCACAAAAUAAAGAAGAGACUAAAGAAGAGACUAAAGAAGAGACUAAAGAAGAAAAUAAAGAAGAAAAUAAAGAAAGCAAAGUAGUUACUCCUUCUUCUCAAAUUCAUUCAAGGCUUUCGAACAUUAAAGAAGAUGAAGAAUUAUCUUCAUCUUCAAGUGAUGAGGUAGAGUCAAAACAGUAA